UUCAGACACCCAAUUAGCUCAGCCCUGCCAUCCGGCUGAUCAUGCCAGUCCUAUAUGGUCGAGGCUACCUUUGUUGGAUCAUGGCUGCCUCGGUCAGGACCAAGGAUAGAAGCAAUUUUCGGAUGGGGAACAUAAAGGAGACCUUAUACAUCCCAGAUGGUCCACACGCGUACUUUGGAACAUGGACAGCCUGGCGAAUGGAAACAAGGCAUCUCCAAAGGUGACAGAUGCUGACAAGAGAGUUCACGAAUGUUCACGAUCUCAAGAAGCUGUGGCAGGGCAGCUCACCGAGCCAGUGGUUGGCGGAAGCGCUAACCAAGGCCUCCAACCCUGGCCUGCAAGAAGUUUCGUGGAUGUUCUCACGUUAUGCAACUGCUUUGCAGGUAACACGGCGCUUUACGAAGAGGAUGCAGCGGCUGAAGGAGUUCAAGCGAUGCCGACAUCAACAGGGCCACUGCGCUCCAUCACUGCAGGGCUGGUUUCGCAUCUGAUACUCUUUUUGACUGUCCUUGUACAGCCUCCCAAUGCAACACGUGCUUGUACAACAUUCCACAUGGCUGGAAUCAUGAGCAGAAUCAGGUGACAAGAAGCUAAGAAGCCUUUGCUGCAUUUGCGUGACGUAAAG